AACUUUCCAUGUUUUAAAUUAAUUUUUUUAGCACUGAUUCUACCAAUUAAUUUAUGAUUGAUGACAGGUUAUCAAUUAAAUUUGCGUUGUAGUUCGCCUUUUCUGGCCUUUUCUGAAGCUUUAUUGAAAAAGUCACAAGCUCUAGCAUAAUUUUUUAUAUUUUCUCUAGGACGACCGAAGGCUUCAUCGAUUCCAUCUGUGAUUUGAAUGAAGACAAAUGGAAGACACGGGUUGUUGACGUCAACGCAGAGUCACCGUUUUGUGGUGGACCGUGGACCGUUUUAUUUGAGAUAGUUAUUGUAAUGAGAGUGGAGUGUCGUGGAGCUGUUAGGAAAACACCUAUUAUUCUGCACAUUCCCAGGCAAUAUUGCUAGAUGUUCUCGUUUCUUAUCGUGUGAGAUAUUCUGACCCAGAUCAAGAUUAGGGUCAUCUUGAUCUGUUUCCUUAUCAUCUAGCAAUUCAUUGGUAGUUUCGGCCAAGGAAGAUAAGUUUCUGCCUUCAGGAUGGCUGGUCAAAAGUUUGAAUAUGAUGAAAGUGGCUCAACAUUUUACUAUUUUCUUCUUUGCUUCCUUGGACUUGUAUUGGGUCCAGCUUCAUAUUACUAUUUCAUCAAGGAUGAUAAAAAAGAUGAUUCAUCCCAACCCAAGGAUGGCAGCGUCUGCCAGUGCAGCGGCUGUGUGAGGAAACGGCACCUGCUCAAGUCAAAAGAACCUUCUAAAAAAUGGAAAAGAAGAACUAUACAAAUAGUGUUGAUCCUGGGCUGGAUCGCGGUGGCAAUCCUCGUCCAGCGGGUGCGCGAGUUCGACUACGAGUACGCCAACUUCGACCCGUACGAUAUUCUGGGCGUGUCACCAGGAGCUCGUAAGGCGGACAUUAAGAAGGCCUACAAAAUGCUGUCACUUACCGAGCAUCCGGACAAGGGAGGAGAUGAAAAGAAGUUCGUCAAAAUCAACAAAGCCUACCAGGCACUCACGGACGACAUCGCGCGCCGCAACUGGGAGCUCUAUGGCAACCCGGACGGCCCGGGCGUCAUGAACUUCGGCAUCGCGCUGCCCUCGUGGAUCGUGCAGAAGGAGAACUCGAUCUGGGUGCUGGGCGUCUACACGUUGGUGUUUAUGAUUGCGCUGCCCACUGUGGUCGGCAUCUGGUGGUACAACUCCAUCAAGUUCUCCGGAGAUCAGGUCCUGCUGGACACCACGCAGCUGUACUUCUACUUCUUCCACAAGACGCCGCACAUGAUGCUGCGCCGGGUGCUGAUGGUGCUGAGCGCCUCCCUCGAGUUCGAGCGCGGCCACAACUCCGAGGUGCAGAUGCGCGAGAGCGACAACUUCGAGGUGCCGCUGCUGAUCAAACGGCUGCCCAAUCUGGGCGAGAACAACAAGGAGCGUCCGCUGUGCUUCGAGUACUCAGUGAAGGCGCGGUGCCUGCUGCACGCGCACCUCACGCGGCUGCCGCUGCCGCCGGCUACACUCGAGAUCGACAGGCAGUUGGUGGUGCGCAAGUGUCCCUACCUGAUACAGGAGAUGGUGACCUGCAUCAGUCAGCUGGUGAUGCUGGCGCACGCCGGACGCAUCGCCCGCCUGCCCAGUCUGGAGACGAUCGACAACACGAUGAAGCUGUGCCCCAUGGUGGUGCAGGCGCUCUGGGACUCCAAGUCGGUGCUGCUCCAGCUGCCGCACGUCGAUGAGGCCAUGCUCAGACACUUUGUGGAUAAAAAGCGUAAGAUCAAUGUGAAGACGCUGCAGCAGUUGGCCGAGCUGGACGCCCUCGAUCGGCGCCACGUGCUGCGUAACCUCUCCGACGAGGAGGCGCACAACGUCGAGAACGUGCUGAUGAGGAUGCCGCACGUCACCAUGGACGUCACGUCCGAAGUGCUGGAUGACGAGAACUCUGGUGAGUUCACGGCCGGCGCCAUCACGACCGUGACCGUGAAGCUGACUCGCCGUGACCUGGGCGAGGCCAGCGGGCCGCAGACGGAACGCGCCGCCGCGCCCGCCGACGACGACCCCGACGGCGCCGGCGACGAGGUCAAGGCGGAGAGCAAGGAGAAGACGACGCCUGUAUGGAAGUCGUCGAGUAAAAAGAAGGCGAAAACGGGGAAGAAGUCUUCUAAGAAGACGAAGUUGAAGCAGGCGACGAAGCCUGAUGAGUCUCCCAAGCCUUCCAGUGAGCGGUCCGAGGGCCACGGCUCUGGCAGUGACGAGGCCGGCUCCGGGGACGAGUCCGACCACUCUGACGGCGGCUCGGACAGCGACGGCUCGGCGGCCGCCUCCCGGCCCGGCCGCACCGCCGACGAGCGCGAGACAGACGACGAGGAGUGGGAGCGCUUCCAGAGCCGCAUCAACAAGCGCGGCAAGGCGCUGGAGACCAAGUCGCGCGUCUCGCACCCCGUGCACGCGCCGCACUUCCCCGACGAGAAGCAGGAGUACUGGUGGGUGUACGUGUGCGACCGUAAGAACAAGGGCCUGGUGACGGCGCCGUUCCAGGUGACGGACCUGGUCACAGAGGCCGAAGUCGAGCUCAAGUUCACGGCGCCCAAGAAGCCAGGCCUGUACACGUUCACCGUGGUGCUGAGGUCGGACUCCUACCUGGGCUUCGACCAGACCAGGGACAUCAAGCUGGACGUGAAGCAGGCCUACGAGAUCCCGGUGGAGCACCCGCAGUGGGACAUCUCCGACGAGGAGGAAAAGUCCGACGACGAGAGUGACGUCGACGAGUUCGCCACCGACGACGAGUUCGACGCGUCGGAUAUGGACGACUAGGGCGGCGGCCACGGCAGAACCGGCGGCAAAGCGGCCGCCGGCGGAGGCAGGGCGACCCGCCGGGAGGGACGCCAGGACGGCCGCACGAGCCGGCGGCACUCGGCGACGGCUGCCGGCCGUGACCCCGACGAUGGCUGACGGAGGAGAACGGCGGAAUCGAUUGGAAGGUUGUUGGAAACUGACCGGAGUCUGUUGGGCGAAUCCCACGCCUCGUGCUGAGAAAGGACCAAUAGGUUACCGUUCAGACGAUAAUGGACAUAUUUCGGACAUUUCUCGUGGACACUUGUUGAACUUUGGUGGACGGAGAGCUGGCCCCCGAGAAGACUUCGGCUGAUGAUAGUGCCUCCGGUGAGAACAACUGACUGACUGACGGACUGUGAAGUGAGCGUACUGGCUCGAGUGGCCUGUCGAGCGGACCAAACUGAGAGAAAGGGAGAGCUGCGGGUCGGCGAGACGAUAUUCUGUUGGAUCUGUGCGCUAAAAACGGAUAAUCGGGCGGCCUUUCGUCGCCGGAUAAAGAGGCUAAAAUGCACACGCCACUUGUGUCCUUUGGGACAUGAUAUAUGCGGCGGGGUCACCGUAGACUACUGGACAAUAGUUACUAGGUCUUUGUGAAUGGCGACCGUCACGGGUGCACUCUCCAGCCGAUACCGCGAGUUGUCGUUAGCAACCUGUGAACAACACAGUGCACAAGUCGCCGAACACUGUCGGUGCGCGUCCGCCGUCACCUGUUCCGCGAUCGGAGACGCUACUUAGAGAGGUCGGUGUUGUCAGGCGGCUGGGACCGGCGCGAGUGGAGGAGAGUGGUAUUUUUUUAGGCCGUGCUCGGUGUGCUGAGGCGGGUGGUGUGGGUCUGUCUGUGUGGGAGAUGAGCUGUUUCCGUUACUGGUGGUUCCAUGGUCAGUCGCUCGGGAAAUCGACUGAGGGCAGGGAGAGGGUAGCGCCGCGCGCCGUUCGGUUCUGGUGGUGGGAUUUCGUUUGUUCUAAACUUGUGUUCCGAAAUUCUUCCUGUUAUAACUUUUGGGGCAUUUGUUAAGUAUUUUAUUAAAUACACCUUAAUGGAGUA